AUGGCAGCCCCCGGCCCCACCCUGCGCCGCCUCGUGAAGGAAGCCCAAGAGCUGUCCGAAUCCUCUCCCUCCCCAUCUCCCUACUUUCACGCCCACCCCAUUUCCGACUCCAACCUCUUCGAUUGGCACUUCACGCUCGCCGGACCUCCCGAACCCUCUCCCUACGCCAACGGCAUAUACCACGGCCGCAUCAUCCUCUCCCCUCAGUACCCGCUCCGUCCACCGUCGUUCCGCUUCCUCACGCCCUCCGGCCGGUUUGAGGUUAACCGCGAGAUAUGCCUGAGCAUCAGCGGCCAUCAUGACGAGACGUGGCAGCCUGCGUGGGGGAUCCGGACGGCGUUGACUGCGAUUCGGAGCUUUAUGGAUGGGGACCCUAGGGGGCAGGUUGGCGGGGUGGAGGCGAAAGAGGAAGUGCGGAGGGAUUGGGCGCGGAGGAGUCGGGAGUGGAGAUGUGAUGUGUGUCCUGGGAGGAAGACGAAUGAGGAGAUUUUGAAAGAGUGGUGGGAGGUCUGUAAGAGUAAAGGAGUCGCGGUGGAGGAUCAGGAGGAUAGGGCGGUGCAAGGCGACAAGGUACCGGAGGGAUUAAAGGCGAGCUAUAAAGAUGAGAAAGCGAAGAAGACGGAUACUGAGGCUCAGAGUGAAAAGGGCAUAUCGUCUUCUCAGAAGUCGCAACCGCAGAGUCAAGAGACUGAAAGAGGUUCGAAUAUCGCUUCUGAAUCUGUACGAGCGCCUGUUACACCCUCAGCCCAUGCUUCGAUGGGUCCGGCUCAGUCUACUCCCGUUUCAUUUCCAGCAGCGAAGCGGACGCAAGUCCAAACAUCUCAGACGCAACCGGCUACAACAACCGCUUCUACCGCUAGCAGAGCAACGCAAACCACGGCCGAUCCGUGGCUGGAUAGAGCCAUCCUUGGUGUGAUAAUGGCUCUGGUGCUGAUGGUCUUGAAGAAGAUAUUUUACGCUAAUUCAUCGGAAGAACAUCUAUAG